AUGGAGCACUGCAGACAUGGAAUGAUGCUGGAUCCAGGAAGAGCUGUGGCAGAGACCUUUAUUCUUACUCCUGCCAUAACCACAGACCUCUGCUCUCUCCUAACCAUCAGCACAGCCUCAGCCCCUGGAACCACACUUAAAGGGCUGGCGCUGCACCUGGCACACAAGGCGCGCGCGUCCGGGGGUCCCUUCGGCGGGGAGGCUCCACCGCCGCCGCCGCCAGCCCCGCGGGACCCUCCCGAGGACGCCCGAGAGGACCCUGCGGCCGCCGGCCCCGAGGACAAGCCGCCGCCGCCGCCGCCAAGGGGGAACCCGUGGACCAAGAAGCUGCCACAGCACCUGUCCCCCGUGGGCACCGGCGCCGAGCUCAGUUCCCCAAAAAUUAUAAAAGCGGGAAAACUCAAGACAAAGAAAUCCAACAAGGCUAGUGAUUUCAGUGAUAUGGCAAAUUGGCCAACACCAGGUGAAUUAGCAAACACGGGGUCUCAAAGUGUUAUCAGCCAAGGAAGUAAGAAACCACAAAUUAGAAAAGAAAAAGAAGAGAAGAUUGAAAAAAGAAGCAACUGUGAGAGCAAAGAGAACCGGGAAGCAAAACUAGAUGGUCCUGUUGAGAAUGUCAGCGAGGAUGAGGCUCAGUCAAGCAGCCAGCGGAAGAGAGCUAAUAAGCACAAAUGGGUACCACUACACUUAGAUGAUGUGAGACCAGACAGCCAGGAAAGACCUGGGUCCCGGAACAGCUCAAGAUGUCAACCUGAAGCAAAUAAGCCAGCUCACAGUAAUAGGAAAAGUGAUACACGAAGUUGGAGACGGGAUAGAGAAAAGAGAGAUGAUCAAGAUGAAGUAUCGAGUGUGAGAAGUGAGGGUGGCACCAUCCGAGGUUCUGCAAGAGGCCGCGGAAGAGGCCGGGGCCGCGGAAGAGGCCGGGGUCGAGGAAACCCUAGAUUGAACUUUGAUUAUUCCUAUGGUUAUCGAGAGCCAGGGGAAAGAACUGAUCAGCCAUUUCCCACAGAGCUUAACACCAGCAUGAUGUAUUACUACGACGAUGGCACAGGUGUGCAGGUAUAUCCUGUGGAAGAGACACUGCUGAAGUACAUUAAGCGCCAGACUGAGUAUUACUUCAGCACAGAGAACUUGGAGCGGGACUUCUUUCUUCGCAGAAAGAUGGAUGAGCAGGGAUUCCUGCCUAUUUCCCUGAUUGCUGGUUUUCACCGUGUGCGAGCUCUCACCACAAACCUUAAUCUCAUCUUGGAGGCACUGAAGGAUAGCACAGAAGUAGAAAUUGUGGAUGAGAAAAUGAGGAAAAAGAUAGAACCAGAAAAAUGGCCAAUCCCAGGCCCUCCUCCACGAAAUGUGCCACAAACAGACUUUUCUCAGUUGAUUGAUUGUCCGGAGUUCAUACCAGGGCAGGCCUUUGGCUCCCAUACAGUCAGGGUGAUGAUCUACUGAUGCUCUUGGAUGUCAUAUGAUCGGAAUGUACAGUGGAGUAGGUGACUCCCUGAAAUACCAUGUAAAUAUGAGAGCAAAUCGUGCUGCAGAAGUGAGAAUGACCAUACUGUCUUCUGUGCAAGAAUGUCCACGCCCACCCCCUUGUGGAGAAGGUUGGGCCAGCCUGCAGUGGAGAUAACAACCUUUACGAUAAUGAUGACAGACCAGAGGACUGCUGUCGUUACUGUAGGAGCUUCUCCUUUCUAUGUCAUUAGCUUAGGCUGCACGGGCUACUUCAUUCAUGGUGG